CGCACGUGUACCGCUAUCCAGUUAACCUAUCGUGUGUACGGUUCCGUGUAGUGCUGGGUUCAUAUUUUAUUUUAAGUGCUUUCGAAUGCAUGAGUAUAUGAGUUAUCAGUAACGAUGUUCCUAUUAAAACUAACUAUUAAAACAUAAGUAACCUAAUUAUGUGCGAGAAACUGUGUAUAUAAAGUACAAUGAGUGUAAAUGUUAUAUAAUCCGAAGAAAUGGCUUCGUACAGUCACCAAGAAACGCAAUCUAGUCCUGCGAAGGAGGUACCAAGAACAACAAAAUGCAGCAGUGGUUCACCACACCGGGAGCGCAGGAAACGAGAGGAGGAGUCUGUAUCCUCUGGGUUCAGCGCUGCUUUACAUCGAACACCGCCGCCUCCUCCACCAGCCUUACUUCGACGACUUGGUGUGAAGGAACCGACGGGUGUGGGCAAGGUGAAGGUGAUGCUGCGUGUAGGAGCGACAGGCGAAGGUCCCUUCACCAGCGGCACGCAGACCUUCUCCUUGGAUAAGCGCAAGAAACAAGUGACUUUAUGCGAAACGGCGUCCGCGACGUCUGCUCCUGAAGACAGAAAAGUCGGUGUUGCUGCUCCUAAGAUGUUCGCUUUCGACGCCAUCUUUUCUCAAGACGAUGCACAGACGGAGAUUUGUUCCAGUGCGCUGACUGACGUCAUACACGCCGUUAUCAAUGGGACCGAUGGUUGCCUCUUUUGCUUCGGACAUGCAGGACUAGGAAAGUCGUAUACAAUGUUGGGGCGACCGGACUCCACGGCUUCACUCGGUGCUAUACCAUGCGCCAUAUCUUGGCUGUUUCGGGGUAUCGCAGAGCAGAGACAUAAAUGCGGUACUCGCUUCUCCGUGAGAGUGUCUGCUGUAGAGCUGUGCACUAAUACAAAUCAAAUACGAGACCUAUUGGCGCCGUACCAAAAUGACACGGAGCAAUCACCAGGUGUAUACCUUCGAGACGAUCCUCUUUUUGGCACACAUCUGCAGAAUCAGUCAGAACUUCGAGUGCAUAGCGCUGAAAAAGCAGCAUUUUAUUUGGAUGCGGCCUUAGCGACACGUGGAACGAGAGAGGAAGGAAAAGACAGUCAUCUUCUGUACACGUUACACAUUUACCAGUAUAGUGUAGGCGGAAAGGGUGCAGUUGCUGGUGGCCGGAGCCGUUUGCACUUGAUAGAUUUAGGGAACUCAGAACGAGGAAAAACGAACGGAGGUAUACCGUUAUCAGGGUUGGGGAAUAUACUUCUUGCUAUAUUUAAUGGUCAGCGACAUUUACCAUAUCGGGACCACAAUCUGACACACGUUUUAAAAGAAUGUUUAGGUUCUUUGACAUGUCAUACUGCAAUGAUUGUCCACGUGUCUCCGAAUGGUCAAAAUUAUUCCGACACUUUAACAACAUUACAACUGGCAUCAAGAAUACAUAGAUUACGAAGAAGAAAAGUGAAAUAUAGUUCUAACAAUAACGCCGGUUCUGGAGGUAGUUCUGGAGAAGACGCUUCGAAACCAAGCAGCAGUGAACCUGAUCCAUCGAGUAGUGAUUUAUCAGCAGAUACAGUAAUUUAUGUAGGACCGUUAGAUGAUGCAACUGACGGUGAACAUCCUCCAGUGUAUAUACCGCAUAUCAAUUCAGGUGACAACAGGUGUAUCUUAAGUAAAGCUUUAAGAGGUUCAGCAGCUGAACAAAAACAGAAAUCCUCUUUGUCUAAAGUCGUAGAAGAAAAAAGUCCUGUACAUAAAUUGCAUUCGUCUCCUAAAGCAUCACCUUUGAAAAAUGUAACUCAACCUAAUUUUACUCCGAAGUCGUCACCUGUGCACACAGCUUCAAUAAAAGCGGCACCUUUAAAAAAACAGGCACCAAAGCACGGUGACGAAGGAAAAAAUAAUAGUGAUGAACAAUGGAUCGAUGGUCCUCGGAUUUCAAAGUCAAAACUAGUAGAAGCACGACAUAUUAUAAAAGAAACCCAGGGGAAAAAGAGAGAAACUUGGAUCGAUGGUCCAAUGCAAGAAACUAAGUUACCGCUACAAUUUGAAUCUGUACCAAUUCAACCGAACGCUGUACCUCUACAAGUUGGUGUUCUUAACUCUUUUGGUAGCGAAAGUAUUGGUUAUGGGUAUAUGGAUAACCAUAAGAAAAAUAUGAUAAAGAAAUGGGUCGAAAAUCAAACUUCUCAAAUUCAAAAGUCUAGACAUAGUUCUCCUAGCCAUAAAGCCCAACCACCCCAUAAAGAAGAACAGAGAGUACCUGAAGAAGGGGAAACGACUCAUCGAAUGGAAAUUAAAGAUGCAGCUAGAAGGAUUCACGUUGAAGAAUCUACUAUUAGAACAGGUUUAAAGGCUGGCUCAAAAAGCAAUAUGGCAAUAGAGGAGGAAAAUCUCGGUCAGCUUGAUCCCAACUCAAGUCGAAAACCGUCCAGUGCCAGAUCAUCGACAAAAAAUGAGCCUGACGAAGACGAUGAUAGCGAAGAGUUAGCGGAAAUUCCGCCGGCAUUACCUUUGAUGAACCCAAGUAGCCUCAGCAGUAGAGAAGUGUCAAUGGAAAGCUUAGAUAGUAAAUACAAAGAAAGAAUGAGGAUGGAUGAUGAAAUGAUUUCCAGGCGGAGUCGAGAUUUAGAUCUUCAUGGAAUGAGCAAAGGGCACGUAGAUGAUGAAGAUGACAUUUUAGAAUUAAUAGAGGUUGAAGAACCAUUAGAACCAGUCCCAAUGCAGGACAGUUGUCUUCAAGUUACAGAAGAAGAUAUUGCGUACUGUAUGGGUUAUGCUGAUCAUUCUUUUGGUGAUAUUGACCAUGGAGAUGGUGAGGACCAUCCGCUUAGAAUUUUAAGCCAAGAAAAUUUAACUGUAGCUUCAACUUUUACUGAUACACUUUCUAUGUACAGUGAAGUUGAAAGACAAAUAAGAAACGAAGCAUAUCUAAGACAAACUAUAGGGUUUUACACACAUCACUUUGGAGAUCAUCCAAUAGACUUGAAUCCUCAAGAAAGCUUACCUUCAUCACGCUCGAGGCUAGAAGAACUUAUGGGAUUAACAGAGUUAUAUGGUUCUCGUAGAAUGUUAGAUAGUAGUAGCAAUGUACCUAAUCCCAGAAUUGCUCCCCAAUUUCAAUCACUUUCAAUGUGUAAUGUUAGAGAUACUGAAGAUUAUCAUGGUGACGGAUCUGUUUAUAGUGAACCUGCAUAUCGGCCAAGUGACAAAAUUUGUGAUAGUUGCAAGCGGUCUAUGUCGAGGCCGUGUAGUGCUGUAGGGGAAUGUGAUGCGUACCAUGACUUAGACAUAGCACACAAUGACCCUUAUGGACCCUUUGAGAGAUACAGAUCAAAUGAUAUUACAGAUGCCAGGAUAGCAUCUUUAAGGCAUCCAGAUGGAGCAUCUGAUCCAAAUUUAAGAGAAGAAAAUCGCAUGCCAGGUAGUGGAGCGCCAUCUAGUAAUUUUAAAGAACUAAAAUCAAAUUUACAUUUAGAGGUUACACCACCAGUUGUUACAAUCGAACCGCGUUCUGAAAAGUGUGAAAAAGGUGAUAAAAAUGUUGCAAGAGUAGUUGCUAGCUGUAAACCAGAUGGUUAUGACAGUGGACAUGAGUCCACACCCCGAACUGGAAAACACAGUCCUGCGGCAACUUCGAGAAGAGCAGAAUCCGGUUAUGAUUCGGUACCGAGAGAUUCUGAUGCAUCUUCUUUAGAUUCUUAUCCUACUCGAAGAGCGGCUGUUGCAAGAGCACACGCCAAAAAACAUACAACAGCUAAAUAUAAACAACACAGCGACCGAUCGUUUUGUUCGUGGUUGAGAAACCCUUUCACUUGCAAAUACGCGGACACCGAUCCUGAAAUUAGUGACUUUUAACAAUAAAGCAAAAUUUAUAAACUUUAUAUAACGGUACAAAGUUGUACUUAUAUAUAGUAUUUAAAAUCUGAAUAGUUAUAUCAUUAAGCUACGUUACCGAAUUUAAUCUGGAGACUGCUUUUGUACUCUAGACGUACUCGUAUUUAUACAACAAAAGCUUUGGCACUGAUCCAAUGAGGUUACCACUGUAUUUUUCUGAACCUUAUGAAGCUUCUAGUUCUGCUCCGAAAUAUAUUUUUAAAGACGUACUUAGUGAGUUUAUUGGAUCGUAUAAUAAAUAUAACACAUUGUAAAUAAUACAGAGACGGACAUGUUAUGCAACGAAAAUAAAUCGACCCAGUUAGAGAACUAUUACUGCUCAUUUUUUGUACUUUUAUAUAAUCAUCGACAUCAUUUUUAAUCGGUACGUUAAUAAUUGCAAGUGUUGUUUAGCUUUUUAUAAGAAAUGUAUAAAAAUAAAAGCAAGAGUCUUCCUCUGUCUUCCCCGCCUCUGAUGUCGUACUGUAAUGGCACUGCCAUAUUUUCAACCUUUGCUACCACUGAUAUCUUCAAAGAUGUUUUCGAUGCAUUUCUUCCAAUCACUUAAUAAGAUGUUUUCAAAUUGGAAAAUAAUUCACAUCAUUGGAUAUCUAUUGGAAGUAAAUAUCGUUACUUUAAUACCAAUUACUCGUUCGUUUGAAAUAUAUCUUUAGGUUUUAUUAGAUUUCUUGUUCAUGAUAAUUAAGUGAAUGGAUCGAAUGUUAUUUUAUAUUGAUAAGAAAUUAUCUAGAAAUAAGACUGUUGUGUCAUUGGCCAUGUUCUGAAUAGCUUUAAUAUUUUAUUAUCAUCUUCAAAAUCGGCGAGACCGUUUGUAAAUAAAACUCGAAUGCAAUCACUAUGGCUUUAUGAAAUGUUGGUGAAUUAGUUAUCGCUUUAUUGUCAAUGUUCUGUUAUAAACCAUUUAAUAUUAUAU